AUGAAACCCAUUGGCAUGGAUGUUGCUGGAAGAUCGUUCCAGUUGGAAACAGGCACGAAUGAAGGUGAAGACAAACUGCAGCUCGCAGCCGAAAAGGCACGAAGGAUCUACAAAGGCGAGGAGGAGAUCCCAACGAGUCUUCUGCUGGAGGCCAACAUCUCGAGGGCGACGGCGGAGAUUGAGGUCACGCCAGUCGACAACGGGGUCAAGGUCACGUGCGAGGUGUCCAACCCGGCCACGCCACACUCCCUGACUAUCUCGAAGGUCCUCACUGUUCUGUUUCCUCCGUGGGAGGUGACCGGGUCGGCGUUCCCCAACACGGUGGAGGCUGGGACGAUGGUGAACCUGACGUGCGAGUCGUCGUCCAGCGUGCCCCCCGCCAACCUCACCUGGCGCUCCGACGGUGCGAGGAUCGAGGGCGCCGUCGUCCGCAGAAGCCAGGCGGCCUUCGGGGGAACCAGCACCAUAUCGACUCUCCAGCUGAUGACGACGGCAGAGGACAACGGGCGUAUUUUCGAGUGCGAGGCGGACAAUGGACUGGGCACGGUCAUGGACACACGAAUCGACCUCAACGUAUUGCACUCGCCCGUGUGGCUGGUGAGUCCUCCGCCGCAGAUGGACGUCUUCGAGGGCGUGGAUGUCGUCAUCACCGCCGCCGCGGCCUCCAACCCCGGCCCCGUCAGGUACAUUUGACGGCGGGGAGGCGAGCGGCUGGUGGCGACCGACGGCGAGCUCCAGCUGGGGAAGAUCGCCAGGACGCAGUCUGGAAACUACUCCGUGCAGGCCUUCAAUGCUAAGGGCACCGUCAACGCCUCCUUCUUCCUCAACGUCUUGUGUGAGUGCCCUUGGCGUCGUGGUGUCCCACCUCCCUUCUUGCUGGA